GGACACGACAAACCGACUCUGCGAAGGAUAGAAAAGGACAAACACCAACACCUCUAACCGGCUUGUGGAAAACGAGAAACAAGGCUUCACCUCUACGAUGAGGUUGCACAUGUGGAGCCAAGCAGGCGUGUGUGGUUUGGACAACUCUGGGAAUUCUUGUUACUUAAAUGCUGUGUUACAGUGUCUGUGUGCCACAGCGCCCCUUGUGGAACACCUGCUUCACCAGGACACACGCAAAGAGCUGGCAAGGUGUAAGUGUGAGGUGGCUGAGAUGUUUGUCCGCCUGCUGGAGACCAUGUGGCUUGGAAAGAGCUCCAGCUGCUCCGCUGUGGAGGCCAGGUCCGUGCUGUGCUCCGUCUUCCCACAGUUCAACAACGACUCCCAGCAGGACGCCCAGGAAGUGCUGCUCCUCCUCCUCAACGCGCUCCAUGAUGACCUCAAAAAGGCUGAGAGAUGCCACGUGUGCCCCCCAACACCCCGGCCAAGGCAGGACCUGCAUGAAAACAAUACCAAGGCAACAGGGAAUUCCACAAUUGUGUCACAUCUGUUUGAGGGCCAUUUGAGCUACAUGACCCUCUGCAUGCACUGUGACCACCAGGCGGACAGCACGCAGAAAUUCACCAUGCUGUCGCUGCCCAUCCCAACAGACAGCAGCACGUGCUCCAUUCAGACGGUUGCUGACAGUCCGUGUUCUGAUGACAUCAUGACCCUAAAACCUACCACUUGA